UCCUUCUCCAUUCGGCGGUCGGACGGUACGGCUGUGUUUCGGGUGAUCGGCGAUCACUUUAACUUUGGCUUUGUGCUCGCUGUGGUAUAACCGGUGGUGUGUCGCGUAUAAUCGCGCCGUAUAAUCCACGCGAAUAGAGAGCGUCGUAAAAACAGAUAAAGCGGAGCGCGAUGACCGAUCAGGAGAGCAAAGAUUUCAGCGACGACAUCGCGGAGCAGAACUUCGCCGAGCAGAACGGCGAGGCCGAGAAUAACGGCGAGAACAACGCCAUGGAGAACAAUCAGGAGUCGCAGGAAGACAGGAAAUUAUUCGUCGGCGGCUUAAGCUGGGAAACGACAGACAAGGAAUUGCGCGAACAUUUCAGCGCAUAUGGUGACAUUGAGAGCAUCAAUGUCAAGACAGAUCCAAAUACAGGACGAUCGAGAGGAUUCGCUUUCAUCGUCUUUGCUAAGGCCGAAUCUCUCGACAAGAUCAUGUCCGCUGGUGAUCAUGUCAUCAACAACAAAAAGGUUGAUCCUAAAAAGGCGAAAGCCAGACACGGGAAAAUAUUUGUCGGCGGACUUUCGACGGAACUUUCCGACGACGAGAUUAAGAAUUUCUUCUCACAAUUCGGAACCAUCGUCGAGAUGGAGAUGCCGUUUGAUAAAACCAAAAAUCAAAGGAAAGGAUUCUGUUUCAUCACUUUCGAAUCUGAGCAGGUGGUUAAUGAGCUGUUGAAGACCUCGAAACAAACGAUAAAUGGUAAAGAGGUUGACGUGAAGAAAGCAACACCCAAGCCCGACGGAAUGAUCGGUAUGCGCGGUGGACCCGGCGGCCGUGGCGGACGUGGCGCCAGGGGUGGCCGAGGCCGAGGAUUCGGCCAGGGCGGAUGGGGCCAGAGUGGCUACGGCGGCGGAUACGGCGGUGGCUACGGCCAGGGCGGAUACGGCGGUGGCUACGAUGGAUACGGAUACGAUUAUUACGGUGGGGGUGGGUACGGAGGUUACGGCGGCUACGACUACAGUGGAUACGACGGAUAUGGAUACGGAGGUGGUAAUUACGACGGUGGAUACAGUGGCGGGCGCGGUGGCGCACGCGGUAAAGGAGGUUCAGGCUACGGUGGCAAGCAAAGGGGUGGUCGUCAGAACCAGAGGCACCAACCCUAUUAAUAAAGGAACCCUCCUUAUUUAUGACCGCAAUGCAAUUCGCAUUGUAACUGCCGGUGAGUCACUGUCCAAUCUCCUAAUGCUCUUACUUCCACCACCUCCGCACUAAAUCACCCAAAGACUUUGGUGUGCGAAAAUUUUGUAUUAGAAAAAAAAAAUUCACAUUUUUUUUCAAUUAUGUAUUCUUGACAAAUAUCUAUAAAAUCAUGAUUUCAAAUAAAAUGGUUUACAAAAAGUGAAAUAUGCAUUUUAAUUUUUAAAAGUCUACGAGCAGUUUAUUUAUGUAUGAAUACAAUCUUGAGUUUCCAAACAGAACCACAGCUACCGUAUUUUCCUCGUAAUCCUUGAUUCACAAUUUGUAAUGUGCUUACAUAUUCUCACAUAAAUAUCUUACAUUUUGCAUGUGUAUCACAAAUUAUUUCACACGUCGCUUUAUUAAUUUUUAUCUCAACCAUCAUUUCCACUUCUAUUUCGAAUCCAUGUUCCACUUGCUAUGUGCUUUUGUAAGUAAUAUUUAACUUAUUACACUUUACUAGUAACCUAAAUUAAUUUGUGUUAUAUAAACAUACGCAGUAUGAAUUAUUAAAAGAUUAAUACGUUCCUUU